AUGGACAGAAAAGAAGAAAAAAGGAUGGAGAAGCGUCCUGAAGCAGCAGCAGGCUAUGCUGUCUUACACGACGACCACCUGCAGCAACCAAUUGCUUGGCGCCGAGACUUCCGUCACAGGAGAGGUGGAAAUGGCUUUCGCCGGUCGAGAGCGCUGCGUGCCUUGGUCAUUGGGUUUCUGACAUUCAUUGUGUAUGCCCAAUGGAGGCAGAUCCAACCCGUUGACGAACAUGCAUCUUCUUCCUCGUCUAUCAAGGCGCCGAAAUUGAACAUCACCCGGCUUCGCAGCAACGCAAACACAUGCGCCAAGCUCCGCCAGAAGCCUAUUGACCCUCCUGGUCCAGGUAGGGAGAAGAAUGCACGCUAUAUCGAAGGCGGUAGGCCGACUCUCAUCAAGAAUGCUACUGUCUGGACCGGCGAGCCGACUGAGGGCACACCGCCUGACGAUGCCCGGCGCGGCGUGGGCUUUGAGUGGAUCAGGGAUGUCGACGUUCUCCUUAGGAAUGGGUUGAUCGUUGAGGUUGGACCGUCCGGAAGCAUCAAGUUUACCCAAGACACUAUCACAUACGAUGCCCGUGGCCGACCGCUGACGGCAGGCAUUAUCGACAUGCACAGCCAUGCGGGCAUUGACCCUCUCCCGGGUCUCCGUGGAAACGACGACACCAACGAGAUGUCAUCCGAUAUUACGCCCUAUGUUCGCUCCAUCGACGGCAUCAAACCUCUUGACCCCCAGAUCCGCGUCAUCAAGUCCGGCGGCGUUACCACCUCGCUUGUCCUCCCAGGCUCGGCCAACAACAUAGGCGGCGAGGCGUACGUCAUCAAACACGCCGUCGGCCGGCAGGACGGCCGUCAAGAGAUCAGUGCUGUGGAUAUGCUCGCCGACCCUGACCGCAACUGGCGCUACAUGAAGAUGGCAUGCGGUGAAAAUGCCAAGAGAGUUUACGGUAAGGCCGGAGAGAGGGGACCGACGAGCAGACUGGGUGAGUCUUGGGAGUUUAGGCAUGCAUUUGAGCAGGCUGCCGAGCUGGUGCGGGCGCAGGAUGACUGGUGUGAUGCUGCGGAUGCCCUUGGAGUAGAAAACAUGCAGACAUACCUGCCACAGGAGCUGCGUUGGGAGUCUCUUAGUGCGGCCCUGCGGGGACAAGUGCACGUCAACACUCACUGCUACACGAUCCCAGACCUGGAGGCCAUGGUUGACCACACCAACGAGUUCAAAUUCCCGAUCAGGGCAUUUCACCAUGCUCACCAGACUUUUCUUGUUCCAGAGAUUCUAAAAAGAGUUUACGGCGGAGUCUACCCGGCAUCUGCGCUUUUUGCCGAUAACAUGUGGUACAAGGACGAGGCCAAUACCGCUUCCGAGUUUGCAGGCAAGAUCCUCUUCGAUGCUGGUCUUGAUUCCGUAUACGUCAGCGACAACCCCGUGAUCAACGCUCAACAUGUCGUUUUCGAGGCCGCCAAGGCUUAUGGAUAUGGCCUGCCUUAUCAUGCUGCGCUUGCGUCCGUCACGUCGACGCCGGCGAAAUAUCUAGGACUGGGCAACAGGCUGGGCAAGAUCAAGGCCGGCUUCGAUGCUGAUGUCGUAGUAUGGGACAGCGAUCCGCUCAGUGUGGGUGCCGCACCGGCACAGGUCUGGAUCGAUGGGACGGCGCAGUUUGAGGAUCCCGUAGAACUGGACAAGCCUUUCAAUGAGCUGAUCAAGCCAGAUUUGAACCUGGCCCAUGUCACUGAGAAAGACCUUGAGAUCCAAAAUGUCGUCUUCACGGGAAUAACCAAUCUCCUUCUCUCCAGCAUCGACGGCGGGACCCAUACCGGUGAGAUCAACAUGGCAGUCAUAAAUGGCAAGGUGGCCUGUGUCGGCUCGUGCGCUGCGCAUCUUUCGUCUCCUGGCGUCAAGACUAUCAAACUGCGGAACGGCCAUGUCACAGAUCCUUUCAUUGCAGUUGGAUCUUCGAUUGGUCUCAACGCCAUCGAUGCCGAGUCUUCCACAGACAACGGCAGAAACCCGGCCGGCACCUUCACGCGUGCUGUAGACGGCCUGGCGCUGGAUAACCAGAAGGUCCACGCUGCAAACAAGUACGGAGUCACACGCGCAGUUUCCGCUCCCAAGCUCUCUGGCCAGUUCACGCAUCAUGGAGUCAGUGUUGGUUUCAGAACUGGCGCCAAACACUCUUUAGAGAAAGGGGCUGUCUGGUCAGACGAUGUUGCAGUGCAUUACACGCUCUCCGAGGACGGAAAAUCCGACAAGACACCUUCCAUCUCGAGUGCGGUGGGCUCGCUCCGGUCAGCGCUACUAGACGGCGUUGAUGCAGUUGGUGACAAAGGGGACAAGGGUACCCCCAGCAGUGACACGUUCACCGAAAAGGCUUACCUCAAAAAGGUUGUGACGGGCGAAAUUCCCCUUAUAUUGACCGUACACAGCGCCGAUACCAUCGCUGCAAUUCUCCGGGUAAAAAAGGAGGUGGAAAAGACCACAGUGAAAUCUCUCGAAAAGUCCUCCGUCGAGAAGGGAAAGUCGAAAAUCAGGCUGAUAAUACUUGGCGGCGCCGAGUCGCAUCUCGUAGCUUCCGAGCUCGCCGAAGCCAAGAUUGCAGGUGUCAUCCUUGCCCCGUUGCAGAGCUACUGUACCGUGUGGGAGCAGCGUCGCUGUCUCACCGGCGCCCCGCUCACGAACGGCACGGCUGUCGACAUCCUACACGCUGCCGGAGUGCCCGUGGGAAUCGGCUUGGAAGAGGACUGGUUGGUACGGGACCUGGGGUUGCUUGCUGGGAUUGCGGGACGGAACAGCGGUGGUAAGAUUGGGCGAAAGGAGGCUUUGGGGUUUAUCGGUGCGGGGAUAGAAAGGAUGUUGGGUGUGAAGAGACUGGAGAACCAGGGCGGGUUCGUGGUAUGGGAAGGGGAUCCUUUGGAGGUGGGUGCGCGGGUGAAGGGUGUGAGCGAUGGAUUUGGCUCGGUUACUGUAUUUGAGUAG